AUGGCUUGCAAGUCUGCUCUGGCAUUCCACACAUACGGCGCGGAGGUCAGGCUGGUGACACAGAGGAAAUUCGGCUAUCGUGAAGCAAUAAGGCGAAUGUUAUGCGUACGGGAAGCCAUUGCAACUGCCCGACCUUACUCCACUGGCAUCAUAGCCCAUGCGGACAGCUUUCAAUACAAUCAGGGAGUCUUGUGCGACAUGCGUCAAGGCUUUCUUAGAGUGCUAGAUGUUCAUGUGGUAGCUGCUGAGAAGCUUGUUAUAGAUGUAGAAAUGGCCUUUCUUCUUCAUUUGAAGGAAAGUGAAGACGAACGGACAAUGAAUCGCGAGAAUUUUGGAUAUCUUGCACUAUAG